CUCCUUUGAGUCGGUGACUCCUCCUGCAUUGCCACACAGAAGGUUCCCCGACACUGAUAUGAUGAGAAGUUAUUCAGGUCAUAUGGAGAUAUUGGGUCCUUCAACAGCAGAGCAAAUCUGUUCUGUAGUGAUGGUUAUAUGCUUUUUUGAAUAUUUUUAGAUUCUUUAUGACCCAAUCUACUGUAUCUGUAUCUGAACUUCAAGACUCACUAUUAACACCGCCACAGAAUACAAUACCAAUCCUACAUCCUGUAUUCUCAGAACUGGGUUUUUCUGUUAAUUUUCAACCAUUCUACAAGUUCUCUCUACGGAAGUUCUUACCUUUGUAUUAACACACAUCAAUAUUGGGUCUAUUUUUGGAUUUUCCAUAGCUGAUAAGAAACGCUGUGGGAAAGCAUUCAGCUGUAGUUGAUGCACCUAGAAAAGCCUCUAAUGUUUUUUUACCUAAACUAAUGAUUAUUAUUACUAACCAGAUAAGAAACUCUAUUUAUUGUAUUGUAAAAAUAACUAUGAAAUGGAAGAAAAAGAUCCUCAUUGUUUUUUAUGAAUUGAUGUGUUUCUAAACCACCACAAAUGAAGGACGUGUUAAUAUGAAUACCCCCCACACACUAACACACCCCUCUGCUCCACCCCUGCUCUGUAACGUAGAGCUCAGCUGCUCCACUACGGUAUUUCCCACAAUAAAAUCACAGUUCCACGCGCUGUCUCUGUCAUUUUGCCUCGGAGCCCCUCGUCUCCUCUCUCUCUCCCCUCUCUCCCCUCUCUCCCCUCUCUCCCCUCAGGUAGCCCGGACCGGACUGAGCACCAACACCUUCUGGUAUCAGGUGUGAACCGGAGAGGACCAGAGCAGCACACGAACACAUCAGCAGAACUGAUCCGUCGAUGAUGAGCGGCAUCAGGGGAGGGCGAGUGAAAAUGCAAAGGACGCUGAUGCUGAUGGUUCUGGUGGGAGUCAUUGGUUUGAGUCACGCUGCCAUUCAGAGACCUGAUUAUGAUGACACGCCCAACCCGGAGUUCCUCAACCCGUCCUGGAUGGCCAGCAUCCCGGAUGACCAGCCGCUGUCUGAGGUCACCCUGCCCGGGACCCACAACACCAUGGCCCUGUACGGAGGGGUGUACGCUGAGUGCCAGACCUGGAGCCUGGCCUCCCAGCUCCGAGCAGGCGUCCGCUACCUGGACAUCCGCCUCCGUCACAUCAACGGGAAACUCAACCUCCAUCACGGGGUGUCUUACCAGCGGGGGCACUUUGGCCACGUGCUGCAGGGUGUGGCUGACUUCCUGUGGGAGUAUCCCAGCGAGACAGUGCUGAUGCGUGUGAAGGAGGAGUGCAGUGAGACGUACGACAUCUACGGCGCUGUGGUAGACUACAUCCACCGCUACGCUCACUGGGACCUGCUGUGGCACAGCCGGAUCGUGCCGACCGUGGGAGAGGCCCGGGGGAGACUCAUCGUCCUGCAGGACUUUCCUGGACCAGACCUGGGGGUGCGCUAUGACUCCAUGGACAUAGCUGAUGACUGGAAGGUACCCACACUCCUGCAUGUGGAGGACAAAUGGCAGAGUGUGUAUCACCACCUGGAGGCUGCUCCUGCAGGAAACCUGGCCCAGAUCUAUCUUACGUACAGCAGUGGAACUGGUGUGUUUGCGUACCCCCGCGCUGUGGCUCUGCGCGUCAACGCACAGCUGUUCGACUACCUGAGCGCCAAGACGGACCAGAAGCAGCGCCUUGGAAUCAUAUGCAUGGACUUCCCUGCUGCUCCUACUAUUCAAAUGAUCAUUGACUUCCAACUGAGAGAGGUCCAAAUACCAGUAUUUUACGCAGCUCAUCACAAACCAAGUUUCAAUUAUAGAAUUUCUUCACGGAGAAAUAAGAUGCUCCAACAUUUCCUGUAACUACUAGCAUGAGGCAACAUAUAUGAUAUGUCUAUAGUGUGGUGUUACCUCACUACUGACUGUAACCAUUAUAAUCUAAAUUGCACCUCCAAUUAAAGGUAUUGUCAUUCACCAAAGAAACUGGAAACUAAAUAAAUCUCAUUGAUUAAAUAAAUCAGAAAUGGCAUGAAAUGAACAUGCAAAGUUUUGUGCCAAAAUAAACGACAGUGAAAACUGAUGUGCAUCAAUUGAUGAAUUGCUGUUUUUACACAUUUUGUCGAUUAAAAUCAGCAGUCGGGUCACUUGGUAUCAACAUUGCCGACAUAUUCCAUAUAAAAGACA